UUGACCAAGUCUUCAAUAGAGGAAGGGGUGGAGGAGGGAGGGGGGGGGGAAGGGAAAAAAAACUUUCUACCAACACACUAAGAGGAGACGAUGGCAUCACGGCUGCAGCCCGCUUCGCCCCGGAGUAAAGUGAGCGCCGAGCCCGACAGGGGAGGGGGAGAGCGCAAUGGUUACGUGCGGGGCUGUGUGAGCCCGCUGCGCCGCGACCCGGGCUGCCCGGUGGCGUGGGGCGGGCUGGCGGGCAGCGGGCGCCUGCUGUCGUCGGCCGCCGGGGUCGCCUCGCUGUCGGUGCUGCUGGGCGCGCUGCUGCGCUGGCUGGACGGCGGGCUGCUGACCCUGCUGCACUCCGCGCUGCCCCUCUUCAGCCUGAUGAGCGCUUUCUUCUGGCUGGCGCUCUACCUGACGGGCUGCGGCAGGGGCGAGCUCGCCCCCCGGCUGCUGGCCGCCUGCUCGCUGGCCGAGACCCUGCUGCAGGCGCUGCUGGUGGGCGAGGAGCAGCUGCUGUCGUUCGGGGCCACCGUCGUGCUGCUGAGCUGCCUGGCCGCCGCUACCCUCAUGGUCUUGCGGGUGAGCCAGGGCGUGUGCACCAUCCUCUUCACCAGCCUGCUGAGGACCGUGUCACUGCUCUCCCUGGAGCGGGUUCGGGCCAGCUGGAGACCCUUCCUGGCUUACCUGAUGGGCAUUUUGGGAGUGAUGCUGGCCAGGUACGCCGUGCGCAUCUUGCCCCAGGGAGUGCCGCUGGCCGCCGCCGAGGACAAAGUCCCUGUCAUCAAGCGAAGGAGGAGAUCCAGUUCGGUCAUUGCCGCCGAGAUGCCUAAUAGUCAACUGGGCUCUAAGCCCCAUCGCAGGACAUCGCUACCAUGCAUUCAGAGGGACCAGAUCCUUCCACACUCUGAAUGGGAUCAUAAGCGUGGUUACCGAGGAUCACAGUCUUCAGGCACAAGUGUCACUGUCGAUAUAGCUGUGAUGGGUGAAGCUCAUGGACUAAUUACAGACCUUCUGGCUGAACCUUCCUUGCCUCCCAAUGUCAGUACCUCUCUGAGAGCUGUCAGCAAUCUGCUCAGCACCCAACUGACCUUCCAGCCCAUCCACAAGCCAAGAAUAAAUCCAUUGAUGUCGUUCAAUGAAUCCUACGUUUGUUCAGAUAGUGAAGAAUGCCAAGGAGAAAAACUCGCUAUCCCAAAGCGACUGAGGAGAAGUCUGCCCCCAGGGCUGUUACGACGGAUUUCAUCCACUUGGACAACAACAACUUCUGCCACUGGUCUACCUACUGUGGAGCCAGGGCCUGUCAGGAGAGACCGCAGUUCAAGCAUCAAGCCCACUCAUGAGGCUCCAUUGGGCAGUUCUUUUAAUCCAGAGCCUUACAACUGCUCCCCGUCAGUCUUGCUGACUAUUUCCAAAAGUAGAUCAUUCUCAGCCUCUCAUGCUAUCGCCACAACUAACCACAUGAAUGCCAAGAGACAGAUGCGACAAGGUUACUCUUCAAACAUCACACCUCUCACCUCCCCAUGCCAUUCACCAAUCCAGGGGACUCCUGCUGGUAGUCCCACCAGCAAAACCUCCGCUGUUGAAUUUCCGGACACUGCAGAUAUAAUGACCAAACCAGGCCGCAAUCCACAUAAGCCUUUAACGUACACUCAGAGUGCACCAGAUGUUGCAGGGCAGUUCAGGGGCACCUGCGUUGUUUGCAGUAGUUGUGGUCGGCCGUUCAGCAAGCUGACACACUCAGACAGCACGGGGGGAAGAGUGGAGACAGCGGUGCAUUCACUGAACCAGACAGAUGACCCUGCCCAAGCAACCUCUGACUACGACAGCACCCACGAGACAAAUAACAGUGACAGCAGUGACAUCACACAGAAUGACGAUGAUCAGGAAUCCUCUGCAAAGGGCUUGGAGCAAUCCCGCAAAGGGUCUGACUGUGGACUCUGCAGGCCAGAGGACAUCACGUUGCACCACUUGAUUCCAGCCGAGGAAAAACCAAUUCUUGCUCCAGAGCCUCUUCUAAUGGAAAAUCUGGAGCUGAUAUUUACACAACUGAACAACUGGAAUUUUCCCAUCUUUGAUCUCAUGGAGAUGACAGGCUCAAAAUGUGGCCGGAUACUCAGCCAGGUAGCAUUCAGACUGUUUGAAGACACUGGGCUUUUUGAAAUAUUUAAAAUCCCAUUAAAGGAGUUCAUGAACUACUUUCAUGCAUUAGAAAAUGGGUACAGAGAUAUACCCUAUCACAAUCGCAUACAUGCCACGGAUGUGUUGCAUGCAGUCUGGUACCUCACCACGCAGCCUGUCCCAGGACUGCAGACUAUAAUUGGUGAUCACGGCUCAAUGAGUGAUUCAGAUUCAGACAGUGGAAUCCCUCAUGGACACAUGGGAUUCGCCAUAUCAAAAACGUACAGUGUGACGGAGGACAGAUAUGGCUGUGUUAUCGCUAAUGUCCCUGCCUUGGAGUUGAUGGCCCUUUACGUUGCUGCAGCCAUGCAUGAUUAUGAUCACCCAGGAAGAACCAAUGCCUUUCUGGUGGCAACCAGUGCCCCACAGGCUGUUCUCUACAACGACCGCUCAGUGUUGGAGAACCAUCAUGCCGCCUCAGCGUGGAACCUGUUCAUGUCGCAGCAGGAAUACAACUUUCUGAUCAACUUGGAUCACGUUGAAUUCAAGCGAUUCCGAUUUCUUGUCAUUGAAGCCAUUCUGGCCACAGAUCUCAAGAAACACUUCGAUUUUCUCGCAGAGUUCAAUGCCAAGGUGAAUGAGGAGAUGGGACCAGGUAUUGACUGGGCAAAUGAAAAUGAUCGCUUGCUGGUUUGUCAAAUGUGUAUUAAACUCGCUGACAUCAAUGGGCCAGCCAAGUGCAAGGAGCUUCAUUUAAAAUGGACGGAAGGCAUUGUUAAUGAGUUUUAUGAGCAGGUUGGUGACGAGGAAUCGAAUCUCGGACUUCCCAUCAGUCCAUUUAUGGACCGCUCAGCCCCACAGCUGGCUAAGCUUCAGGAAUCAUUCAUCACCCAUAUUGUGGGACCACUGUGUAACUCCUACAACUCAGCAGGCUUAAUACCAGGUAAAUGGGUGGAGGAUAAUGACGAAGAGGAGGAGGAUGAAGAAGAGGCAGAAACAACAGAAGAGGAAGGUGCAUUGGAGACAACUACAAAUGGUAUUGAACUACUUGAGAGAGGUUGGAGCUGCACUCGUCCAGAACGGGAACGGUGCAGGAAGCAAAGGAAAGUCUUCUGUCAGAUCAUGCAGCACCUGAUGGAAAACCAUGAAAUGUGGAAAAAGGUCAUCGCAGAGGAACAGGAGGAGCGAGCGAAGGUGGAGCUCGAGAAGCAAGAUCAGUCCUCCUUGCUUCAAAGCUCAGAGACAAUCCAGGCAAUCACUGAGGAGGAGGAAGACAAGGAGGAGAAGAAUCAUGAAGAAUCAGAAGGGAAGUCUGUGCAAACCAGUUCAGUCACAAACCUAACCCAGGAGACUUUAAAAGAAGAUAAAAAUGACUGAAUUGUGUACUGACUUUUUCUUUGUUCCCAGCACACUUUGACACAAUACUGUAGAUGUAUAGGACAAUGUGCCUACAGCUGAGAUGGUAUAAUAUUGCCAUGAGCUGCAGCCAGGACUAAAUGAACACUCUGAUUGAGGAAGCCUCUUUAACGCACCACUGGCUGAUUUAGACUUUAAACACACAAUUGCUACCAGUACAAUUAUGGUGCACUUUUUCAUUGACAUGUCUUGUUUAAUAUUGCUUGAUACACACGUAUGUAAAAAGAAACACACUCACUUGCUGUGCAACAACAGUGAGUAUCAAAUGAAGGAGGACAUACUUCUAAAGCAUAUGCUUUCCAGAAAAUGCUGCGGUACUAUAUCCGUAACUUUUGCUCUACUUUUGAGUGAAAGUUGCUAGCUUUAUCAGAAUUCUGAUACAGCCUGAUAAUACUUCUUGUGUAUAUAACCUUGUGGCUCACCAGCUUUGUAUAAGCAAUCUCUUGAAGCGCAGCUGUAGUACUUGUACAUUGCAAACACCACCAUGAACAAAUGUUUUAGGUAAAGCCUGGCAGAUACAUGAUGGGCCAUUUCACUUUAUAAAAAGUACCUGCUACAAGCCAAACUUCUAGUCAAGAAUUUAUAUCCAUUUUGAAUAUUUUUAUUGUUUAUUUACAUUCAAUUAUAAUUAUUUGCAGAAGAAAACAGUUUAUUGUAGAUACAAAGAACAUUUUCUAUUGGCUUUUGUAAAUAGCAAACUCUUAAACCGUUUUUUUGUGAUUUUGUAAAGAUGGCUAUGAAAACUUCACACUUAAAAAGACAUUCUUAUGAUAUUGACAGAACUUAGUACAUUCUUAUAUUACACAGCAUGAUUAAGUACAUGCAAGUUGCGGCAAAUGGUUAAUUUUAAAAGACGAUCGUUAUUUGGAUUAUUUUUGCAGCAAGGUUAAUCCUGAAGAAAUUGUUUACUACUGAUAGGACUGAGGUGAUUGACAAGAGAAUGAGAGAGUACCACCUCAGAUUAUCUGAGGCCCAAGUAUCUGCACAUUUUAGACACUGUGUGACAGUCGGGUGGCGAUAAGGAUUGCAGUGAAUUAUGGCAUUAUUCCUUCGACAAUUUGAGUUAUAUAAGUCUGAAGCUUUGGACAAUCUACCAGACAUUGUCAUUUUCUAUGACUUGGUCUAACUCUGCACCUUGGGUCAAUGGGCAUGUUCGCAUGAUGGUUAUGAUGUACCAGCAAUCCAGACACCUGAAGCAAAGAUCUCACAGGGGAAUUAAAUUCAGUCAAUUAAAUAGCUCUGAAAUCAGAUCUUAAUGUCAGUAAUGGUGGCUGUAAAAUUACAGCGUUUCUUUUUCCUUAAUUUCCUUUUGGGAAGGAAAUCUGCUAACCUUUCAUGGUCUGUCCACAUACAACUCCAACCUGCAGCAGUAUGGUUGAUCCACACAGCUCUGUGAAAUACCCCAGCAAGGCUAUCAGGAAUGAGCCAUAGAUGCUGAGCAUGCCAAUUCAUCCCAAGAAUGAAUAUCUUUUUUAAAGCGUAAGAUCUUUUUUGAUAUAAAAAAAAUCUUUGUUUAUCUUUUCUUUUUCAUUUUGGGGUCAAAAACGUUUUAAUGUGAAGGAAUUUUAAUGGAUUUUAAAAGAAAUCUCAUCUUCUCCACCUGCCCACACCCCACCCAAGCUGCAGGGGGUUGAGGUCAAUUGCAAUUCAACACUGAGACUGAUACACUUUGAUUAUUGGUUAUAACUAAGGCAGAUGGAAAUGAACUGAGGUAUGGAUUAGUCAAGAUAUAGUUGAAUGAUAGAAAAGGUUCAGGGGGCUAAAUAGUCUCUUCCUGUUCUUUUGUACCUGAGCCAUAAGAUGUUAUAUUCUAAUUUAAUCUUUAAAGGAUUGAAUUUAAGUGUAAGUACAGUUAGCAAUGAUUCUAAAUUUGUUUGGCAGUGCAUCACUUUGGACUGUGGUGCAAUUUGAUUGGCUUUGUCCAUUCAAAUCUCUUAAUUGAAAUAUGUGAAUUGGUUUGCCACAUUGGUCACAGAUGACUCAAAUGCUGGCACCAUUCUGGACUAUUUUACCAGGGAGGAAACGUGCACAAGUUACAGGGCAACUGCACCAAUUACUUCCCAUGUAUUUAAGAUGAGUUUAAGAUGUUUAAGAAUGUGUUUAAAAUGAAACUGACUUGCUUAUUGGUCCGACAGUUGCCCAGGAUGAUAAAAGGGAAGUAAAUCCUUACGGUUUAUAAACUUAUUGGCUUAAGAUUGUACCUUAACAAAAAGUAUCAUGCAUGGCACCUGGAUUUGCACCAUUUCCCAGGAUAGUAUAAGAUAAACACAGAACCCUGGCUAAAUCUCUACAAUCCCCAGGUUGCUGACACACCAUCAUAAAUCACACCUCCACUCCAUAUCCUCUACCAGAUCCUUAAAAUCUUUACACCUGAAUAAUUCCAACAUGGGACUUUAGGUUGGUGCAUUUUUUCCUUCAUAAUGCUUAGUAAAAUUUCACACUUUUUUAAUUGUUAUUGUGUGGUUAAACAAAAAGAAUAUUCGACAUAUUUCAAGAGCACAGGUUCCACGUUCAUUUACUGUACAUUCUCCCUAAUCUUCAUGGACUGCAGAAAGAUCAGUCAACGUACAAUAUAACCAGAAAAUUACCGCUUAUAGAUUAUUUCAACAUUGGUUACAACCCCACACCAGUAAUCCACUCUUAAUUAUUUUUAAUGUUUUGUUGACCAAACAAAAUUAUUAAAUAAAUAGGUUUUUUUUGCAUAAACCUGGAUUUCUUUAAAUGAACUUUUGAGAGCAGAAGCUUAACAUUCUGGAAAAAAUUGUUUGAAUCUUGACCACCACCCUUUUCAGUACUGAAUAACCUUUAAAAUAUUGAAAGCCUUCUGUUUUCAAAAUUACUUUCUGUAAUGUUCUUAGUUUUAGGGAUUACAUAAAUGACAAAUAUUCUAACAAAGGAUAAUAAAAGGGUGACUACAUAAAAUUUGAAAUUUGGUUCAAUCUCACACAAAGUCAUAACUGGAUCAUGAAUUUGAAGGUAGUCAUUGAAUGACUCAACACUGAAGGAAAGCAGUCACUCCAGAAUAUGUGAUAACAUCCAUCCCUUCCCCUAUUCUUAACCUAAUCAUGAUACACACCUAAAUUAGCUUUGUUUUCUAGACUUUAGCAUAGCAGGUCCAAUUUGGGCAAUGGCUUUCGCUCCAGUCACUGUAGCCUAUAUGAUGCAAAGUUGCAUUACGGAACAUCAAAAGAAUUAAAGAAGUGAAUAAAGACACAUUUGUAAGUGGUUUUUGGGGAACAAAUGUACUUCUGCAAUUCUCUGUUGGUGUUGAUUGUAAUCUCCUGCUAUUAUACAAAUGUGGUACUUACCUAAAGGCUAUAUUGUAAUAUAAACAGAAAAUUCUUGAAACACUUAGAAGGUCAAGGCAGCAUCUGUGGAAACAGAAACAGUCAAAUCAGAUUGAAGACCCUUCAUCAGGGAAAGAGACCAAGACAGGUUAGUUUUAACUUGCAGAGGGAGUUGGGGGGAGGAAUGACUGGGACAAAGGGAAUGUUGGUUAUGGGGUGCAGCUUGGUCCAAUGGGUUGGAUGUGGUUACUCCUUGUCAUGCAUUGCUAGUUGUAAGACUGUGGGACAUAAUUGGCAGGUGAGGAUGUACUAACAGACAGAAAAACUGAGCCAAUAUCACAGAUAGAUGACUUACAAUGGAAAUAGCCCAUUCUGAUACAGACAGAGAAAGUGAGUUAACUAAAGAUGCAGAGUUCAGUGUUAAGUCUGGACGCCUGCAACGUGGUUUUGUAAUGUUCACAACUAGCAUGAUAGCAAUACCCAAGUUUAACUACAGCCAGGGUGGAGAUAUGAAAGUGGAUAUAAUCUUAAGCAGUCUUGUAUACCAGAUGAUGCAAUUGUUGUUAGGUGGGUACCUUUUCAGUAUGUUCUGCAUGAAAACAAAACGGAAAAAGAAUUCAGAUUAUCCACACUGCUCAGGGCAAAGAAAGGGACAGAUUCUUUAACAAUCAAAAUGUAUUAUAUAUACCUAAAAUAAAUAUUGGUGGCUUUAUUAGCCUGUUUUCCAAUGCAAAUUAAUAUUGGUGAUAAAAGUUCUUGAGCUUAUUCAUUCUAAGCUUGUUCUGUUUAAAAAUGCUUUGUGGUAUUCACUUUUUUUGCUCCGUGAGCAUAAUUCAUGUUUAUCUCUUGAAGCAGGGAGUGGUAACUACUGGCCAUUGUAAAUUGCUUGCUUAAAAGUGUCAGUAACUCUGUUGCAAAACUUAGCAAACAAAAUCAGGACUGUAGUGGAUUGAGUUAUAAAUGUGAUCAAUAGGAUAUGCACCAUAGAUGUAUCAGACUACUGGUGAGUCAGUUUUGAGUUUUGUUAAUGGACAGUGUUUCUUGCAAAGAGCUGACAAGUAGUAAUUUGAUUGUGAAAUCCUUAUUUCUACAGAGAGCAUCAGCAAAUCUGGAGUUUUACAUUUAGUCAACCAAUGCAAAAGUGCUGUAUUUUAUUAAGCCAACGAAACAGCACAUGACAUUUUAACUGAAGUGCACCUAACUCUUAACUGAAGGUCAGAGUAUUUCUAAGCCUGUGUCCAAUGAAUGACUGGCAGAGUUUCAUAUUGCCAAGAUGCCAGGAACUCCUUGCAGUCAGCUGACCACAGAAACUGUGACUAGCACUUUAAGGGUUAAUAAUGUUCACCUUAUGUGGGUAUCUGACUACCUACCAGGAUGUGAAAAGACACUGGAAAGAACAGCAGAGUGUAUUUUAAUUAUAGAAUAAUAUGUAGUUUUAAGGACAAUGAUGUUCCAUACAUUCCAGUUCUUUUUUAAAUGAUUGGAUGAGUUCAAUGUAAAAAUUCACUCCAAGAUAUAAUGCACAGUAUUUAUAUUCACUAAGGCUUUCUACAUUUAUAUAAAUUGUUUGUUAGAGGAUUCAAGUAAGACAAACAUAGGUACAGACAUAAUUAGCUGUAGAUGUGCAUUUAUUAGAGGUAUUAAAAAAUAAUUAGCAGCACAUUCAACCGUCAGUUGUUAAUUCUGUUUAUUUCACAUGCGUUUGUGAUAUUGUGACUUUUUUUAUUUUGCAGCAUUCCAUAAAUAUGUAAAUUCAAUUUUGUUCUUUUGUAUAAUGUAGUUCCCAUGAUGGUAAAAUCAUUAAGAUUGAACAGUCUAUUGUGUUUACACAUCAGUUUUGUUAAUUAUGAAGAGCACAAAAAUGGUGUGUCAUUAUUCCAAGUGUAAAUCACACAUCAUACACUGCCUAACAGUUGAAAUAAUCUUUACACAUUCGAGGUUUGUGCCUUGGCAACUUCUGGUAUAUUCAAUGUCAUAAUUUGAUCGGAAAAUUUAUCAACAUGUAUUUAUCCUUUUAAUUCGUUGAAUUAUGAGAUAUUUUUAUAUGAAAGGAACCCUUCAGAGAGUUGCAGAAUGUUAUCAUAUGGGAGACUUUCCCUCACCCAUUCUGAAAUCCAAUUAAAGAUUUGUCUAAGGGUGACUCUACUGACAGAUGACUUAAAGCAGACCUUUUGUUUGGUUGAGAAUAAUCUGCUGGCAAAAGUUUUAAGAGCAUCUCUUGCCUGCCACUGCUUAUGUGCCUCUGUAGUAUUAAUCUUUUCACAGAAAGAAGAUGAAUCAAUUGAGAGGUCCAGCUCAACAUUAUUUAGUUGUAUGUAACAGGUGUAACGUAUAAAGUGAGUGAGGAUUGAAUUCAUCUGUUGCUUGAAAUAAAAAUGUCAUCCUUAUAUAACAUCAACAACAAGUUGAAUUUCAAUAGAGCUUUCACUGUAGUAAAAUGCUCCUAGGCACUUCAUUGGAAUAAUAUUGAAUAAAAUUUGUUAUGCUUUUGUCUUGACAGGGUCAACAUAGGUAAUUAAUUUUUAAGAAUACAAUAUGCCAUUUUGCUAGUGUGUUUAUAUUGUUUCUGUUAUUACAAUCAGCCUUCUCCACAUAAUUGCCUAUCCUACUUACAGUGUAGCUCAAGAACAAGCCCUUGCAUCUUUUAUAUCAGGAUUCACAAAUUCAAUGUAACUCCUCACCUGUGAUUUGCACUUAACACACAAAGCAAUACCUAAUGUUUCAUACACUAGACUUUAAGUCAAGGAUUCCAUUUAUCUGAUUAAAUAUCCUAUUUUAUACAGUAGAUUAUGUACAGAAUAAUUCUUUCAGAUAGGUGUUAUUUAUUUUUACUGUUUUGUAAGUUAGACACUAUACUGUAUCUCUAAUGGCCAGAAUUAUUGGAAAGUGCCUCUUGGUAAAAUGUAUAGUACAGUAUAUAUAAAUAAUUAUUCAAUAUAUUAGAAACAUCUAUUGCCAACUGAAAAAAUGUAGAUGUUUUAAUGUGAAGACAGUUGUACAACAUGAAUUUAAUUCUGUGG